CUGCCCGUUCUCAAGAUGGCGCCUGACUCUAUCGAAGACAUGGUGCGUGCCCAUAAAAAAUAUGGCUGCGCUCACUUCGCCAGAGCAUCGCAUAUAGCACAGCGCUUGCUCAGAGGCGGGCGCGUGGUGCUGGGUCUUUGCCCGGCCGGGGACGGCUCCUUCCCCGCGAACAUGGCGGCGUGCGCGGCAGCGAGACGGGGCUGGCGCCGGCUGGGACCCUCGGGGCUCGUCCCGCUCCUCAGGGGGCUCCACACGCAGGUGCUGCCUCCUGUGGCUGCCCCGCCCCCAGCCCUGGGGGGUGCGGUGCCCGGGGCAGAGCUGGCGGAGGUGCCAGAGCUCAGGCUGGCGGAGCUGGGGCUCGACUCCUACACGCCCGUGGGGCUGAUCCAGAACAUGCUGGAGUUCCUGCACGCCGACCUGGGGCUGCCCUGGUGGGGCGCCAUUGUGGCCGGCACGGUGGUGGCGCGCUGUCUGGUGUUCCCACUCAUCGUGAAGGGGCAGCGGGAAGCCGUCAAGCUGAACAACCACCUGCCCGAGAUCACCCGGCUCACGCAGUGCAUGCAGGACGCCAAGCGCUCCGGCAACCAGUUUGAAUACUCCAAGUCGUAUUCGGAAUUGAAUCUGUACCAGAAGGCCCAUGACGUCAAUCCCAUGCGGGGGUUCCUGGUGCCGCUGGUCCAGGCCCCUAUCUUUAUCUCGUUUUUCAUCGCCCUGCGAGAGAUGGCCACCCUGCCCGUGCCCAGCAUGCAGAGCGGCGGCCUGGCAUGGUUCGUGGAUCUGACAGCGGCUGACCCCCUCUACAUCCUGCCCGUCGUCGUCACCAGCACCAUGUGGCUUAUCCUGGAGCUGGGGGUGGAGUCUGGGGUGGACAACCCCAACCUGAAGGUGAUGAAGACGGUUUUCCGGGUGAUGCCACUGGUGAUCCUGCCGCUGACCAUCAGCUUCCCCACGGCCGUCUUCACCUACUGGCUGACGUCCAACCUGUUCUCCCUGGUGCAGGUCGGGCUCCUGCGGAUCCCGGCCGUCCGCACCCGGCUCCGCAUCCCCGACCGUGUCCAGCACGACCCGGCCCUGCUGCCCCCGAGCAAGGGCUUUGUCCAGAGCCUGCGGGCCGGCUGGAAGGACGCCCAGCUGGCCCAGCAGCUGCAGGAACGUGAGCGGCGGAUCAAGAACCACCUGGACAUGGCCGCAAAAGGACCCCUGCGCCAGACCUUCUCCCACAACCCCUUGCAGCAGAAGGAGGGCGGGGCUGGCUCCAGCCCCCGCCCGAAGAGGCCCUGGCAGGACACACUGGGCUGAGACCCGCCACCAGACCCCCAGGACCCUGGAACCGCCAGCAGGAGGCGCUCAACCCCCCAGCCGGACUCUGCUGCAGGGGGUGGGUCUGAGCCAAUAAAGGACCCAUCACCUGCC